UCGGUCGGAGAUUAGGGGGGUAACAUUUGUUCAUGUUUGUUCAGCAGCAGCUGAUAGUUGUUGCUAAUGAGGUUAUUUUAUCAAGUUAUAACACGUGAUAAUUUGUAAAUAUUAUCCUAAACUUGAAUUAUUAAAUAAACCACAAUGGGUGAUAUUCUUAAAGAUUCACGAUUUACAAAAUAUCUCAAUGAUCCACGUUACCGACAGAUUCCUAAGCAUGAACGUAAGGUUAAAAUUGAUAAAAGAUUCCAAUCUAUGUUUAGUGACGAUAAAUUCAAAGUUAAAUACACUGUGGAUAAACGUGGACGUCCAAUUAACGAAACGUCUGUAGAAAACUUAAGAAAGUAUUAUGACUUAGAGGAAUCUGACCACAGUUCUGAUCACAGCGACGAAGAAAAUGAGAAAACAGAGGUUGAUCAAGAAACUAACGAAGCAAACCAAGCAGCUGGUCGUUUCGUUAAGCGGCCCCAAAGCGAAGACAUAGAUGUAGAGAACACUCUAAAGUCAUCUCAAAAUGACAAGUUGGUCCGUGGAAAGUUAGACAAGAAAACUAAAGAGAGACUUUUGGAUCUUGACAUAGACUAUGCUCGCGGGGAAGGUGUCCUUGCCUCUGACAGUUCAUCUGAUGAGGACAGCACAGAUUUUGAAGAAGACACUGAGUUGGAGCAUGAAUGGGGAGAGCUAGAUGCGGAUGCAGAUACUACCGAUGAGUCCACAAAAAGGAUAGCAAUCUGCAACAUGGAUUGGGAUAACAUUAAGGCUGUGGAUCUCAUGGUGCUUUUAAGUUCAUUUUUACCUUCUGGUGGAGUAAUACACAAAGUUACUAUUUACCCAUCUGAGUUUGGCUUGAAAAGAAUGCAGGAAGAGGAAGUGAGGGGACCUAUUGAGCUGACUGAGAAAUCUGAACAAAAUGAAUUAUCUGGAGACGAGGGUCAUGAGGAAGGUUCAACAUAUCACAUGGAAAAGCUACGUCGCUACCAAUUAAAUCGGCUGAAAUACUAUUAUGCUGUGGUUGAAUGUGAUAGUGCUGCUACUGGUGACAAACUGUACGGCGAGUGUGACGGAAUGGAGUAUGAGAGUAGCGCGACCAAACUAGACAUGAGAUUUGUUCCUGAUGAUGUUACAUUUGAUCAGGAACCUAGGGAAGUAUGUACAAAGUUACCAGAUCUUACUAAAUACAAACCAAGAUUAUUCACGACAACAGCUUUACAACAAGCUAAAGUAGAGCUGACAUGGGACACGACCAAUCCGAAUCGUGCGCAGGCGAUUCGCAGUGCUUUGGAUGGCAAAAUUGAUGACCUUGAUCUGAAAGACUACUUGGCGUCUAGCAGUGAAGAUGAAAAUUCUGCUGAAGAAAACAAUGAUUCCUUUUCGGAAAAAGAUGAUGAAGAUCCUAUACAGAAAUACAAAUCUUUAUUGGAAGAAAUUGAAAAUAAAGAAGAUAAGAAAAGUAAUAAAGAUAUGGAAAUGGAAAUAACUUGGGGACUAGGAAUCAAAGACAAGGCAGAGGAAUUAGUUAAAAAGAAGUUAAAUGAAGAGAACAAAGACUUAACCCCAUUUGAAAAGUUGCUGAAGAAGAGAAAAGAAAAGAAAAAACAAAAGAAAUUGAAGAAUAAACAGAAGAAUGAGAAAACUGACUAUUCAUCUGAAGAGGAGAAUAGUUCGUCUGAUGAAGUACCAUCUGAUGUAGAUUUAAAUGACCCUUAUUUUGCUGAAGAGCUGAAUAAACCAGAAUUUAAGAAACCCAGAAAGCCUAACAUAAAAGUGAACCAACCUUUGAAGGAUGAGGAGGAAGAAAAAAGAAAAGCAGAAUUAGAAUUACUUCUAGACGAUGAAGAUGAUGGCAAAGCUCAUUUCAGUUUGAAAAAGAUACAAGAGUCUGAAAAUACCACAAAGAAAUCGAGAAGGAAAAAGAAAUUGCAUGAAAAAAUGAUGAAACAGAAACAAGAACAGAAACAGACGUUACCCGAUUUCGAAAUUAACCUAAACGAUAAUAGAUUUUCUGCGAUUUAUAAUUCACAUCACUUCAAUAUUGAUCCAUCAAAUCCCAAUUUCAAAAAAACUAAGAAUAUGGAAAAGCUUAUUGAAGAAAAAUUACGAAGGCGACCCGCCGAUACUCCUGUUGAAGCAGACUACGGUCAGCCUAAAAAGUCUAAACAAGAUGCAGAAUUAAGCCUUUUGGUAAAAAAUAUAAAGCGUAAAACAAAACAUGUUAUGAAGAAAUAGAAUUGGUACCUAUUAUAAAUUAAAUCAUUGUAAAUAUC